UCGUGAACUCUCGUUUCGACAUCUCGCGAGAUUUUGAUCAAGACGAGACUCGCAAUGAAUGCAGGGAAUUGCGUAAGGUCACCAAGAUGGAGGAGUACGCACGUGAGCCAUGCCCGUACAGAAUCGUAGAUGACUGUGGUGGUGCCUUCACUAUGGGUGCCAUCGGGGGAGGGGUGUUCCAGAGUAUCAAGGGCUUCAGAAACGCUCCAGCAGGCUGGAGGCACAGAGCACUGGGGAGUCUGACAGCUGUGAAGAUGAGGGCACCAAUUACAGGGGGAAAUUUUGCCAUCUGGGGAGGCUUGUUCUCAACGUUUGAUUGCGGCAUGGUGUAUCUAAGAAAAAAGGAGGACCCGUGGAACUCUAUAGCUAGUGGUGCAGUCACAGGGGGAGUUUUGGCAGCAAGAAGUGGUUGGGCAGCCAUGGCAGGGUCUGCUGUGAUUGGUGGAGUGCUGCUGGCGUUGAUAGAAGGCGUGGGGAUCCUCAUCACCAGGAUGUCAGCGGAACAGUUCAAACCCAUCAGUCCCACCGAGAUGGAGGACCCCACCCAGCUCCCGCCCAAACAGGCCCCGCCCUUCGGGGGACAGCCGGCGUACCAAUGAUCACUGAACUGUUACUUAGGGUUUUAACUUUUAAGUAUUGGUAUGAGGGAAGACCUUUGUGUAUAGACGUUACAUUUACUGAAAGAACGUGUCUACGUUCAGGAAAAUUUGUUAGAGAAGACAUGAAGCUUUUUAUGAAAAGGGACACUGUGGUCACCCCAACUCGCCACUGGGACAGUUCUGGAGGUUUCUGUAUGAUUCAACAAAUGCUGAAAGAACGUCUCGACGUUCAGGAAAAUUUGUUAAACUUUUGACCUGUUUUGUGUGGAAGAUUUUGGGGUUCUGUUUGUGUAUGGAUGUCACAUUCAACAAAUGCUGGAAGAACGUGUCGACGUUCCAAGAAAAUUUGUUCGAGAUGAAGGCGUGCAGCUUUUGAGCUGUUCUGUGUAUUAGAGGUUGGGAUAAACAUGUGGUCACUUGAACUCACCACUGGGACAGUUCAGUAUCUUUAAUGUAAAAAUGUCAGAUUCAGCAAAUUCUGAAUGAACAUGUCCACAUUCAGGGAACUUUUUUUUGAGCUGUUUUCUGUAUCAGAAGUUAGAAGAAUUACCUCUGUGGUCACUUGUACCUUUGUGCAUUU